AUGGCGACCACAACUAAACACCCCGAAAACCUGGCCGAGGAAGCUAAGCUGCUGCGGGAGUUUGACAAAGCUAUGCCAUCUCAAGGCCUAGGCAAGGACCCCGACGACGACUGUGCCUCCGACUACGCGGUUGACGCUUCCUACGACCGCGCCCCCAACGACGUUGUCGAUGACGUUAUCGACGCCGACGGAUCGGGAUGGAUCCUGAACAUGACAACUGAUUAUGGCGAUGGCCGGAAGAAGAUGUUCAUUACCUACAUGACAGAGCAGCAUACUCGAAGAGUCACGAUAACGCAUUCCGAUGCCACGCUUAUAUCGCUCUCAGAGCAGUACGGAUUGCCUUCAGUACACUCUUACGAUAAGGCUAGACUUAUCUACGAGGCAAUCCGGGACAGUCUGUGUGAGAUCAAUUUCUACGAAACCGUCACGAAUCUCAGCCUUGACUUUGAUGAUCGACUCCAUAUACAUGUUUGCAAAGAGACGGGCGAGAUCAUCCGGGAUCAGCCGGUAUCGAAAAUCCAGUACCUAGAAGGCAUCCGCACCUUUGAGAAGAGCAAUAUUGUCGUCGUCUCCCACAUUUCAGGAUUCGUCUACCAGGUUAAGACGAGGGAUGACGAUAAGGUCCCCAUCAUGAAGGAGAUUCCAAGUCCAGCUGUCUUAGACAGGUUUUUCUACAAGAUCAAGGCCUUGUACGAAAACCGCCAUUCGAAAGGCAUCAUUGAUAUGGAAGGGAUUGUAGUCGACAGUUCCCCUAGGUCCCCCAGUUCCGACAGCCCUGACGGCCCCGACAUUCCCCACAGUCAAACUCAACGUAUCCAGGCCGUACUCAUUGCGUUUGCCAACAACGGUUUGCUCGCAGAUUGGAUCUACAACUACAAAGAAGAACUGGCGCCCUGGGAAACAGUCGUGAAAUGGGUGCGGCAGCUCACAGGAGGCCUUUCCGACCUCCACGAAUCCGGGUUCGUGCAUGGCGACUUUACCCUGUCCAACAUUGUCCUCAGCAGGGAUAACGCCAAGAUUAUCGACAUCAACAGAUGCGGCUGUCCUAAAGGAUGGCAUACUCCCGAGAUGCAGAGGUGUAUCGAGAACGGUGAAGAAAUUGAGUUGUUUAUUGGGGUCAAGUCAGAUAUUUUCCAGCUCGGUAUGGUCUUAUGGUCACUCGGUGAGUGGGUGGACGAGCCCGAGAUAAGGCGCCCUCUUACCCAAAAGUCGGAACGUUGGGCUAGCGCCCCUAAAUGGUUCAAGAAGGUAGUCGAGGAUUGUCUUAGCGACAAGCUGCAGGACAGGCCCUCAGCAAAAGAUAUCCUAGAUAAAUUUCCCUGA